AUGGCGACGCGAAGCGGCGACGCGUCACCGGGACGACGCGAACGCGAGAUCAAAAUCACGCUGAAACGCGCGACGCCGGACGCGCGAGGCGAAAACGCGGACGUCACGGUGCGCGUGCGGAGCCUGGACGUGGACGUGGGGACGCUGAAGCGACGAUUCGUGGUGAACGCGGUGUGGGACGCGCCGAACGCGGAGUCGGUGGUGCUGAUUUACGGGGGGAAGGUUUUGCGAGACGACGAGACGCUGCGAGACGCGUUCGCGCGGGGACGAGAGAGCGUCGCGGCGUACGGAGAGACGGCGGGGGAGGGGGACGGGCGAACGGAAAUGGCGACGGUAGACGAGUCGGGGACGGAGGGAGAGGCGCGCGCGGCGGAGGAGUACGUGGUGCACAUCGUGGUGCGAAGCGCGCGGGAGACGUCGGCGGAGGAUUCGCGGGCGACGACGACGACGACGGCGGAGGGCGCGGUGAACGCGCGCGGCGGCGAGGGCGACGCGCGCGAAGAGGGCGGUCACGAGACUGCGGUGCCGGCGAGCGAGGCGCGGGAGACGACGGCGACGCGGGGCGACGCGCGAGACGCGGGCGCGUCCGAUCCGGGAACGCCCGCGAUGUUUCGGGGAGACGUUUCGGCGAACGCGUUCGCAUCACCGGUGUCGAUGUUUCGCGAAGACGCACCGCGCGCGUCGCCGAGUGCCCUGGAGCACGCGACGUCGCCUUUGAUGAACGCGACGUAUCAAGCCGCGUACUACGCCGCGUUCGCGGCUUUAUCGCCGUCGUCCACGCCGCCGGGUCCACCACCGCUCGUGGGAGUGGGCAACUUUUUACGCGUCGAUGCGGCUUCGAGCGGCGAACAUGCUGCGAACGAGCGCACCGGAGUAGACGACGCGCAGCAGCGACAACGCAUGGAGAACGGGCUGCCGCCAGAGCUAAACAUUCCCCCGGGCGCGCGCGUGCGAGUGAUUCACAUUCGCAUCGACUUGAAACUCAUCCUAAAGCUCGCCAUGAUGGUUUUCUUUAUGUCGCAGGAUGCGAGCGCGGCAAAGACGGCCAUGUACGUUGGCGUCGCGAUCUUAGUGUACCUGCAGCAAACCGGCGCCCUGGCGCCGGUCGCGCGGUGGAUCACCGGCAACGAUAACAUCGGUAGAAACGGAUUAGAGCGACAAAAUGCGAGACGAAACGGCGGCGAGGGAAGAAACGCCGACGGUGCAGCGAACGAAGAUCAACCGAUCGUCGCCCCUUUCAGGGCGACGCACGCGGCGGGGCACACGACGAUGCCGACAUCGUACAUAGGCGAGAUCAAAAUUUUCGUGUAUAGCUUGUUUGCGUCCAUCUUCCCAUCGUGGUUGCCCCCUCGGUUGCACGAGGCACGCGACGCGCGAGCGGCCGUGCGCGAGCACCAAGAUUGA